AUUAUUUAGGUGCAUUUUCAUUUUUUAAAAGUCUUGACUAUAAAAAAAGACUCCAAGAAGAAUGGAUUUCUUUAAUAGCUCCAGUCUAGAGGUCGGGAUAAAGGCAGAUAAUAUCUCCUCUAAUUCCACCUCUCAGAGCCAGUACACGCAGCUCGCUAUCUGGGGUCUGGCCGGACUUGUCAGCUUUCUGAUUUUGUUUACAGUAGUCGGGAACGUCUUGGUUGUUAUCGCUGUUUUAACGAGCAGAGCUCUGAAACCACCCCAGAACCUUUUUCUUGUCUCCCUAGCCAGUGCAGACGUACUGGUGGCCACGCUUGUCAUGCCUUUUUCUCUGGCAAAUGAACUCAUGGGCUACUGGUUUUUUGGCAAAAUAUGGUGUGACAUCUACCUGGCCCUGGACGUUUUAUUCUGCACCUCUUCUAUUGUUCACCUGUGCGCUAUCAGUUUGGACAGGUACUGGUCAGUGACACAGGCGGUAGAGUAUAACUUAAAGAGAACACCUAAAAGAGUUAAAGGGAUGAUUGUGGUGGUAUGGCUGAUCUCAGCUGUUAUCUCCUUCCCACCGCUGAUAUCAAUGGACAGGAGCAGCAAUGAGGCCAGUCCCCAGUGUAUCCUGAAUGAUGAGACCUGGUACAUCCUCUACUCCAGUAUUGGCUCAUUCUUUGCCCCCUGUGUCAUCAUGAUCCUGGUCUAUAUUCGGAUCUACCAAGUGGCAAAGACGAGGACCAGAACAAUGUCAGAGAAGAAGAGGGACAUGGACUCGCCGAUGGAGAAUGGGAUGGACCAAGUCGAACCAGGCAAAGGAGGGUCAUUAAAGUCCAACAGGGGUGGGAGCAUGAAAGACCAGGAACGUGAGAAUGGGCACUGCCAAGAGCAGGCGGUUCGAUCCCCCCUACCGAACGAGCCGAAACAUCCACCGACAGACCACGACGACGACUUCGAAGACAGCAGCUCGUCAGACGAGAAACCUAAAAAAAGUUCCAGUUCCUCCAAACAUCAUCACGACGACAGAAAAGAUAGGAAGUCCAGUCGGAAAAGUAGCUCCGCCUCUAAAUACUCCAGCAGGAAGUCGCGGGCCAGCUCCAAGUCUAUGGAGCUGUUCUCAUCUCGACGCAAACGCAGGAGCACCGUCAAUCGGAAGAAAGUCUCUGCUGCUCGGGAGAAGCGGUUCACCUUCGUCCUCGCCGUUGUCAUGGGCGUUUUCGUCGUCUGCUGGUUCCCAUUCUUCUUUUCCUACAGCCUGUACGGAAUCUGCCGGGAGCCGUGCCAGAUCCCUGAGACGCUUUUCAAGUUCUUUUUCUGGAUUGGCUACUGUAACAGCUCUCUAAACCCGGUCAUCUACACCAUCUUCAAUCAGGACUUCCGCAGAGCCUUCCAGAAGAUCCUUUGUAAGUCAUGGAAACGUUCUUUCUGAAUGCUCCCUGCAUGGAUAGGCUGUAAUAGACAUUUUACCUUGCAGACACAAAUUUGAAGUGUUCUGAGCUGUAGGUUAAAGUGCUGGCCUGGGAGGCUUUCACAAAUUUACUUUCAGGGAUUGGACUAGAAAUGAAAGGAUGCUAAAGGGAUCAAAGGAUUGAACUAAGGUGUAGAAAGGGGGUUUAAGAUACAAGAGUAAGCUGAUUGAGGAGGAUUUCAUUCAGCUCCAUCCAGGCUGCUUUUGGACCCUGAUGUGGGCUUCGGCUCAUUCCCCCUCCUCACUUGACUUCUUCUCCCUUCAUUUAAAUACAAUAAACUUACUUAACACAGUUACUGUGAUGCAUGCACGCCACAGUGGCUGAACUUGCAUGAACUGCACAGGAGGCGAAGGGUUUUCAGAGACACUUGAUUUACAAUGUGACCUCAUUCACUGAAUAUAAUGCGAAGGCCUUGACAAUCUCCACACAAGCGUUGUUUGUGACAUUAGACAGUGUUAGCUAUCUUCUCUCUCUGUCUCUUGCUACGUUUCUUUCUCUACCUUCUUAUUACGUCACACUCUCAACAUGAGGACCAAUGGGACGAAGGGGCUCCUUGCUUACUGUUUCAGAAGCAAAACCGUUUCACUAAAAACAAAACAACAAAAAAAAGACUCAUCCAUAAAAACUACAAAGUCCCAUUUCUGCUUCAGUGUUCUGUGUGUGUCCAAACUGGGAACUGCAGUGGAAACUUUCUAUCAGGAUGUGUGUUUUUUUGUGUGAUCUUGUACAUGUGGCUUGGACUCGGUCUGGGUACGGUGCGUCUCUCCUAGGCAAGUGUUUGUACCCUGUGAGAAAUAUGUGGAAUACAUCAGUACUGCUGGGCCAGAUAGGCGCCCAAUGAUGCUUUCACUGUGUG